GGUUCACAGGUUGAAUGCCCGCGACGGGGAUGACGCCGCCGAGACCUCGACGGGCCGAAUCUUGCGAGCUAUGCGGCCGGAUGGAUGGAGAGAAGAAGGUGUGGCGGAAGAUUUUGUGGGAAGAGCAACCAUUCGACGAUUGCUACGUCGACUCGUCGUUUCUUGAGCAAUUGCGCACGAACGAGAACGUGCGGGAGUACGACUACUGGGGCAUGUCCAAGGCGUCCGCGGCUAUCACACAGCAACUGAGUCUCGUCUUCAUCUUCUUCGCGAUCUUCGUCAACUCGAGGGAGCACGUGUGGUCCUGGCAACUCCUUGCCGGCAUCGACGUUGCUGUCGCUCUCACGGGGUAUUUUGUCAUGUUUUACUGCGCCGAGUCCGAGUUAGACAUGUGGCAAGGCGUGAAGGAAGGCAUGCUGUUUUCUGCGACGCUCUCAAUCCUGUCGCCGGUGCUGAGGACCCUCACCGAGUCGUACGCUGUCGACACGAUUUGGGCACUGUCCGUGGCGCUCACCGGCAUCCAUCUCAUCACCCACGACUAUACCUAUAUCAAUGGCACCACGUACAAGUACGCGGGUACGAUCUCGCUGAACGCAGCGAUCUUCACGUCGGUGCUGCUGGCGUCGCUGCUCCACUCGAACGAGCAAGUGUUUUCGUUUGUGUUGUUCGCAAUUGAAGUGUUUGCCGUGAGUCCAAUCGCGCAGCAUACCAUCAAAAAAACAUCCGAACACCUCCACGUGGCGCUGGCGCUGGUUCUGUUUUGCGUCGCCCUCGCCCUCAUGUGGCCGAUCUCUCCGUCCAUAUCGGUGGUGGUGUUCGUCGCCGUCGUGUUCAUCACGUUCGUGUGCCCGCUGUGGCUCAUGCACGCCCAAGAGUACAAAAAUGAAAUUCAAGGCCCCUGGGACAUCGCCAAGGUGGAGCCGCAGCAGUAAGCACCUCGACACACGGCACAGAUUCGAGUGUGUGGCGCCGUGCUCUACCUGCGUCCUCCCGAUCGCCUUCGUGCGGCAGACCCGUCCGCGAGUCCGAUGGCGCGCGUCUCCUCCGCCUUCGUCGCCGCCCAUCCACUGUACUCGGUUGAAGUGGCACUUGAAGUAGCCGUUACAUGUCGUCGUUCCCAGCGAUAUUCGUUGGUAUACAAAUAUCAAGAUAUUUAAACGCG